GAGGUGUCCACCGUGGCGGGCAGCGAGUGGGCGGGCUUCGCCGACGGCCUCGGCUCCGGCGCGAGCUUCCACGACCCCAUCGGGGUGGCGGUGGAUGGUGACGACUGCGUGAUAGUCGCCGAGGGUGGCAACGACAGGCUGCGCAAGAUCACGAAGGACGGGCAGGUCACCACGCUGGCCGGCAGCGGUUGGGCCGGCUACGCCGAUGGCAAGGGCCUCGGCUGCAGCUUCCACAACCCAAUGGGCGUCGCCGUGGGCAUCGAGGGCAACAUCAUCGUUGUCGACUCGGACAACCAUUGCGUGCGAAGGGCCACCUCUGAUGGCACGGUCACCACCCUCGCAGGCAGCGGCUGGGCCGGCUUCGCCGACGGCCCGGGCAUCGCCGCCAGUUUCAGUUUCCCGCACGAUGUCGCGGUCGAUGGCGACGGCAACGCUAUAGUGGCCGACGGUGUGGCCGACGGCUCGUCGACGAGCAGGCUGAGGAAGGUGACGCCGGAGGGCGUCGUCACGACCCUCACCACAGACGGCUGGUCCACGCUGCUGGAUGGGCGCGGGAGCACCGUCAGCUUCGGCGGCACCAUCGGCGUGGCAGUUGCGCGCGACGGCAGCAUCAUCGUCGCGGACAGCGACUGCCACCGCGUCCACAGGGUGUCCGCGGGGCUGCAGGGCAUGCAGCGGCGGGCGCCGCUGCCGCAGCUGCCCUCCUCCUUUGCGCAGGAC